AUGAUCAGGAACGCCACCAUGAUCACCCCCGUGAAAUUCCACGGUGAUACGGCAGCCUCUCGAGUCCUCGCCCUGACGCGCGAACAUAAAUUGACCCACUCAAUGCUUGACAUCAUGCAGGUCGUCUUCAACAACCUGCGAAGCAACGAUCCUGAGCUCUCAAAGGAGGACUUCGUCAAGUUCCUCUCAAAAGUCCAAGGCGAAACAACGAUCCAGCUGGACAAAGACACAUACAACGAGGGUGAUUUCCUUUACGUAUUGGCACACAAUUGGGACGCCACUCGGAAGCCGUCAGAAAAGGACUACUCAAAACCCAUAACCAAUUAUUUUAUCAACAGUAGCCACAAUACCUACAUUAGCGGCAAUCAAUUAGCCUCUAAAACUUCCCCAGAGGCCUAUACAACUGUCCUAAGGAGGGGUGGCCGUUGCAUCGAAAUCGACGUCUGGAAUGGAGACGAGAUCCUAGUGACUGCCCCCAAGUCUCAGGGUGGCGGCGGUCAUACGAGAGCUAUAUCGGGAAGCGCUCUUCCCUACGCUGCCGCUGCCCUCAUAGAGACAGUGGAAGACAAACUCGAGGCCGCUAGGGAUUACCUAGCGAGCUCCAACCCCAGCGGGCGCUCGCGGAGCCCUAGCUCUCAUAGCAGAACCACAACUGACGAUAGAUCGUCAAGCUCUAGCGACGCAUUCCUUCCUGGUGGCAAUGAAUUGAUCGAGAAAGAAGAGGCCCCUCGCCUUUCGAGAACUCGGCAAAACCUCCCUAGGGGAGAGCCCAUUGUAACCCACGGCUGGACUUUUACGACUCCAUGUGGCUUCCGAGAGGUGUGCGAGACGAUUCGAGACAAUGCGUUUGCUCACGGGAAUGACCUGCCUAUCAUUAUCAGCUUGGAAGUUCACGCUGACCAUAGCCAACAAGAGAUCAUGGCGAAAAUCAUGAAGGAAGUUUGGGGGGAUAUGCUUGUCCAGCAGCCCUUUGACGGCUGUGAUCCCAAGUUUAGGGUGCCCACCCUUGAUGACCUUCGACGCAAAAUUCUAGUCAAGGUCAAGCGAGCCGCCGCCAAGAUGCCGAGCCCAGAGGACUUGACAGCUUCUAUGCCAAUUUUAGCGACCGAAGACGAUGGCUCGACUUCGGACGAUGAGCCUCAUCUCCCUCGCCUUAAAACAUCUGCAUCAUCGCCGGCCGAAGUACCGCAGCAAGAUGCUCAUGGAAAAAUGACAAUAUGCAAACCUUUGAGUGAUCUCGCUAUAUACACCCGCAGCGAACGGUUCAUAAGUCUCAGCACUCCGCAAGCAAAACAACCUACUCACAUCUUUUCCAUUAGUGAGAGUAGAAUCAUGGAAUUGCAUGAGAAAUAUCCGCGCGAAGUGUUUACUCACAACAAGAACUUCUUCAUGAGAGCAUUCCCAGCUGGGCGGAGGAUUAACAGCUCUAACCCGGACCCCAGUCUCUUUUGGCGGCGGGGGGUCCAGAUGGUGGCCAUGAAUUGGCAAAACCUGGACGAGGGAAUGAUGAUCAACGAGGCAAUGUUUGAUGGCGAGGAUGGUUGGGUUUUGAAGCCUGGAGCAUAUCAGAGUUCUGACAAGUCCAUGGUGACGCUGGAUCUGGCUGCAAAGCAUACGCUGCACCUCACAAUCACCGUCUUUGCCGGACGCAAUAUUCCGACUGACGACAGCGACAAAGGCGAUGACUCCCAGAGCAGGAAGGACCUUCGCCCCCGAGUCAAGGCCGAGCUCCACAUUGGCGAGAAUGAGAAAGAUGGGCAUGAGCACUCUUACAAGCACCACACAAAACCAGCCAGCACAACAUAUCCCGUUUGGAACGUUCAGAACAAGAAGAUUCUCGGUGAGAAAUUGCAGUUUCGCAACAUCCCCAAGGUGGUGGAAGAGCUGAGUUUCAUUCGAUUUAAAGUUGAAGACGCAUCUCACACGGUUAGCCAACCGUGCCUCGCCUGGGCAUGCAUCCGCCUCGACCGACUCCAGCAAGGUUAUCGCUUCGUUCGCCUCUACAACAAGAGAGGUGGAGAAAUCGAUGGCGGCAAGCUACUUGUCAAGAUUGACAAGAUGCUAUACUAA